AUGGACUCUACUGAAUGGAAUUGGUCCUCUGAUAAAAGUCUGCCAGUGAGUCUACUUCUUGUUGGAGCUUUAAAGCACUAUUUACAGAUGCUCUCUAAGAUCAAUGAAUCAGAUGAGGAGACAGCAGUGGGUAGUCUAGGUUGCAUAGCCCGGUACAUGAAUUGUGUGAUCUUUGAUAUGAUUCACAGCACACUGAAUCCAGUCAUUCUGUGCUUCACUGUGCUUCAUUACUAUGGUAGCAUUGAACUGCCAGACCAUGUGACCGUCAUUAGAAGUUUGCACCAAGCCUUGCUGCAGUAUGUGAACUGCUGGUUUCCUGCUCCAAUGCGAGUGGAAGGUGUAACUGAUGUUUUAAAGGAGCCACCAAUGGGCAAAGACAAAAGCUUGAAGGAACUGCACUGUUUUUUGGCCAAGACUACUGUGAAUAGUGAGCAAGACAAAGUAACAGCACUGACAGACUUGUAUCGCUAUCUUGAGUCCCUCAGUGAAUCACAGCUCAGGACAGUAAUUGUCAACUGUGUUGACUUUUGCAAGCAUCGACUUUCUGAGGAUUUCUCACCCCUUGUUCAAGUUUUGCAAGUCAAGAAUUAUAGUAUCGCAGGUUCCACAUCUCCUGAAACCAUUGCCCCUCUGCUACAAGCCCUUCCCUUUAGCACCCUCUUGUGGCAGGUACUUGGAGAAGUUAUUCAAGAUACAAAUACAGCUCCAUAUAAGGUAAAACUGACGUCAGAAAGGUCUUCCCUUGAGGUUAACACUUCAAGCCCUCUUCCCAGCUCAUGGAUGCAGAGCCUGUUGAUGACAGCCUUAGAGAAGGAACCUUUGCUGAAGACUGUUCCACUUUGCUGUCAUCUCUUACUGUAUCUUUGUUCUCUCAAAACAAAGCUUGUCAUUAUUGCCAAUCCAGCUGAACAGGGCGGACUGCAAUCUGCAAUGGAGCUGUGCUUUCAGUUGCUUCAGUAUCUACUACAGCGUUUAUUGGUGCUCCAACAGAGCAUAAGCAAAGACAAGACAAAUUCAGUGGAAGAGGUGCAAAAUGCGGGUCACGUCAAUGCUGUUAUGGAUUCCUACAAACCUGACAAACAGGAAUUGAGUCACGUGGAAGACGCGUGUUGCACUGUUCUUCAUCAUCCUGUGGUUCUGAACAGCUUUCUUUGGAAGCCACGGCACCUGCCAGACUCGUGUAAUGUUUCACGGGAUGUAGGCACUGAGCUGACAUACAAUGUGGUCAACCUUCUGUUAGCUGUACUGCCAAGCCUAACAUUGCUGCAGAAGAAGAUUCUGAUGGCUCCUUUUGUAAAGAAGCUUUGCAAUGAUGGAAUGAUGGAAAUCCAAUCUGCACAAAAUGGAAAUGUGGUGCCAUCAUCUCAAGCUCUCUAUCUACUUGGCCUCUUUCAUGACUACUGUGACAAAGAGCGCCAAGCUGAAUUCAUCUCAAAGCUGGUGCAACUCCCAUCCAGCAUGCUAAUGACAACUGAUCCUGUAUCAAAAGAAACAGCGCCAUCUGUGUUUCUUGUGACUCUAAUGAUGUUGCUAGAAGGGGAAUCACAUGGUGAAGAAAAACUUCCACAUUCAUCAUCUGCUCUUCUGAGAGACAUUCCACUUAAGAUGGAGGAACCACUCUCCGUGUCGCAUUUCAAACAGUUGAUCAAGAUUUCCGAAGAUGUGAAUUGCACACAGCUGGAUUCUGCCAUUUUAAAACUUUUGCAGACGUCGUUACUGUAUGUGGUCGCAUCGUCAACCACCCUCCUUGAUGCAUGUCUCAACAAACCAACAGAAAUCAAAGUUUCUAUUGCUGUACAUCUAGUCACUCAUUCUCCAGCUCUGNUUACAUGUGUUAAUUGA